CGCCAACUGCCAAGUGCCAGUGUGUUUUCAUCUCAGAUUUGCGUCUGCUAGUUUUUCUCAUGUCUAAUUGUUAACUAAUGAUUAUCAGCUCGUUAACGCAUAGCUAUAAGCCAAAUUUAAAAUGUCAGACGAUUCAGAGUACGAUGGUGAACCUGAAGAAAUCGACGUAUAUAAACGAAAAUACGAAUUACUUGCCGAAAGAUGUGAAGUCAUACAACAGGAAAAUGAGCGAAUAGUAUACAGGAUACAUCAAUGCAGAAAAUUAAUUAAGAGGGUAAAAAAGGAAAAAGAAUACCUGAUCAAACGACUUGAUCAACAUGGAGAUAAUUGGAGAGAAGUACCAAUGGGUACAAUAGAAGAAAAUAAUACGUUUCCAAAAGUUGUAAAAAGCACAAAAGCUACCCCUAUCAAUAAUGUCAAAGAAGAAAAAGUAAAAAAACCAACUAAAAGAAAAACACCUAAAGCUGAUCCAAAUGCACCAAAAAGGCCAGCUAAUCCGUUUUUCCAAUUCUGUCAAGAACAAAGGCCCAGAGUCAUGGAACGAUUAGCCGGAGAACCUGAACCAAGUAAACAAGAGUUGACAAGACAGUUGGCUUCGACUUGGAAGUCGCUAAGUUUUGAGGACAAAAGAAUUUAUUAUGAAAUGUAUGAGAGGUCGAAAGAAAAAUAUAUAGCAGAAAUGCAAAUUUACCAAAAGAAAACAGAAGAUGCUAAUUUGAAUGUGUAGUAAAUGUAAUAUAAUAAAUCUUGUAAAUAUUUUGUACAAAGUAGUUAAUUAAAUUUUAAAAAGAAACUUUUAAGUUAUUUGUACUUAAGUUAAUGACGUGUAAAGUUGAAU